UACAUAUUGUAAAGAAGUAAUUUACACAGAUCUAUCCAUGUCAGAAUAUUUCCAAUGAUUGAUACACUCAGUCACUAGAUGUUAUUUUCAGUGUGUUGCAGCACAUUAGAAGUGAAGUGUUCGUGCGUACCUGCACGAGGAAAAUCUGUCCCAAGAACGUUGAUGAUGUGUGAAUUUCCUCUUUAAGAAUUUCUUGUGUCAACUCCUCUGCAUUUGAAUGUUGCUCCCGCCCCUUUUUCGUCUGAAAGCAGAACUGUCUUUGGAAAACCCCACUGCAUGACGAAGUACCAAAGGCUUUAAGAGCUUCUGCUCUGCUGCCUUUCUCAUCACAAAAACGAGACGAACACAUGAAUACCUCUCAUAACAACAGAAGCUUAGAACUAUCGACAAAGCCACUGCUGCACCGAAAACUUUUUGCCUUGUGAUUAAGAUUUGAGGACACCAUGGUGGACGAGCUGGCAUUUUCUCAGGAGAACUGGGCGCGGAUCCACACUGUUGAGAACUCAUUUGGGCCAUCUGGAAAGCCCCUGUUCCAGCCGGGUCGGGUUUUGAUUGGAGAGGGCCGGCUGAUGAAGCAGAGCCGAAAGGGGCUCCAACCUAAAGUCUUCUUCCUCUUCAACGAUGUGCUGGUGUAUGGCAGCAUCGUUCUAAAUGGAUGGUGGCACAAAAAACAACAGAUCAUCCCUCUAGAAGACAUCCAGCUGGAGGACUUGGAGGACAGUGCAAGUAUGAAGAACCAAUGGUUGAUCCGCACACCGCGCAAGUCCUUCUAUGUGGCAGCAUCUUCAUACGAGGAGAAGCGAGCCUGGAUCGAGCAUGUGGAGGACUGCCAGUCCAGACUUCUGCAAAGCAGUGGUCGCAGGCCCAGGUCUACCUUCGCCGUUACCUGGAUCCCAGACCGGGCAUCCGCCAUCUGCAUGCGCUGCUCAGACAAGUUCACCGUGACCCAGCGUCGACACCACUGCCGGAAAUGCGGCUUCGUGGUCUGCAGCGCGUGCUCCAAGAAGCGAGCGAUAAUUCGACACAUUCAUCCAACUAAAUGGCUGAGGGUCUGCACCACGUGUCACUCCAGUCUUUCGAGGACGGAGGUAGAAGAGACGUGUUGUGUGAGGGGAGACAGCACCAGGAAGAUGGGCUCCGACGAAUAUGAGGUGGACGAGUCCACUGAAGAGGAGGAGACAGAAGAGCAGAUGGAGGACCACGACCCCAGCAGGUGGAUGGACCCCUUGGCCAUCCAUGUCUACCUCAAACAAGCACUGUUAUUUAGAAAAAAAAAAAACUUUGUUGAACUUUGAAUAUGGACACAAUAAUAGUGAUACAGCUUUGUGUGGUAGAAGUGAACUAAACCCAGUCACUCAGCUGUAACCAGACAUUUGCACCCUGCUGUCUGUGGGAACACCACUGCUGUGAAGUCGUCACAUGGAGAGCUCUGAAGAAGUGGAUUUGUUUACAGAGGAUUUUUGAGUAGGCCUCAGUCAGCCUCACCAGAUAUUUAUUUAUUCUUAUUUAUUUAUGCGUAUGUAUCAUUGUUGGUGUGCAUAGGAGCAUUAAGCAUCUGCCUUAGAAUUGUCUCUAUGAGAAAUAAAGCACUUACAAAAUAGUU